GCCGAGGGAUAAAUAGCGGCGCCGAGUCAGAGGCCACCCGGGCCGCCGGGCACCGCGCCGCCGGGCACCGCGCCUGUGUGCGCCGAGCCCCGCAGGACCUACCGAGAACCCUGCCUCGAGGUCAUCUUAUGAUGGACCGGAAAAGGUGUCCGGACGGCGGAUGGGGCUGGGUGAUUGUGUUCGUCUCCUUCUUCACCCAGUUUUUGUGCUAUGGGUCCCCGCUGGCCGUUGGAGUCCUGUACAUAGAGUGGCUGGAUGCCUUUGGAGAAGGGAAAGGAAAGACAGCCUGGGUCGGCUCCCUCGCAAGUGGAGUUGGCUUGCUGGCAAGUCCCAUCUGUAGUCUCUGUGUCUCAUCGUUUGGAGCAAGACCUGUCACGAUCUUCAGUGGCUUCCUGGUGGCUGGUGGCCUGAUGCUGAGCAGUUUUGCCCCCAAUAUCUACUUUCUGUUUUUUUCUUAUGGUAUUAUUGUAGGUCUUGGGUGCGGUUUAUUGUACACGGCAACAGUGACCAUUACAUGCCAGUAUUUUGACAGCCGCAGAGGCCUUGCCCUUGGCCUGAUUUCAACAGGCUCAAGUGUUGGCCUUUUUAUCUACGCUGCUCUGCAGAAGAUGUUGAUUGACUUCUACGGACUGGACGGAUGCCUGCUGAUUGUUGGUGCUUUAGCGUUAAACAUAUUAGCCUGCGGCAGCCUGAUGAGACCUCUGCAGGUCUCUGAUUGUCCUUUGCCAGAAAAGGCAGCUCCAGACAGUGUGCCGGAUAGAUACUCCAUGUACAACGAAAGAGAGGCGAGCCAGGAAGAGGGCAGGACCAUGCUGGAGAAGAGCCGUGGUGACGAGGCCCACUGCAAGGCUGCGCUGGUCAGCGGGGACUGGAGGCCGGACGGCAUUCUUCUCGGAAGCCCCACAGCAGUGGUGCACAUGCAGGAACCAGAGACAUACAGGCAGAGAGUUGCUAGACAGACAUAUUUUUGCAAGCAGCUUGCCAAGAGGAAGUGGCAGCUGUAUAAAAACUACUGUGGUGAAACUGUUUCUCUUUUUAAAAACAAGGUGUUCUCCGCACUUUUCAUCGCCAUAUUACUCUUUGACAUUGGGGGCUUUCCACCUUCCUUACUGAUGGAAGAUGUUGCAAGAAGUUCCCACGUGAAGGAGGAGGAGUUUACCAUGCCUCUUAUCUCCAUUAUAGGCAUCAUGACGGCAGUUGGAAAGCUCCUGUUGGGGAUUCUGGCUGAUUUUAAGUGGCUUAACACCUUAUAUCUUUAUGUGGCUACCUUAAUAACCAUGGGCCUGGCCUUGUGUGCAAUUCCAUUUGCCAAAAGUUAUGUCACAUUGGCGAUGCUGUCUGCCGUCCUGGGGUUUCUCACUGGCAAUUGGUCCAUCUUCCCAUAUGUGACCACCAAGACUGUGGGGAUUGAAAAAUUAGCUCACGCCUAUGGAAUAUUAAUGUUCUUUGCUGGACUCGGAAAUAGCCUUGGACCACCGAUUGUUGGUUGGUUCUACGACUGGACCCAGACCUAUGACAUCGCAUUUUAUUUCAGUGGCGCGUGCGUCCUGCUGGGAGGUUUCAUUCUGCUACUGGCUGCCCUGGCCCCCUGGGACACGUGUCAAAAACAACUUCCUAAGCCAACACCAACAACUUUUUUGUACAAAGUUGCUGCUAAUGUUUAAGGACUGUUGGGAGAUACUAUU